GUAUAAAAGGACGGACUAUUUGCUCCAGUCUUCAAUCCACUCUCGUCUCCUUCUGCGCUUCUACAACUAAUAAGCGAGUCGACAUGAAAACCUCAGUGGCUGUCGUUGUCGUUUUGAUGGCAUGUGCCGUCUCUGCCCAGUUCCCGGCUGGUUUCAAUUACAAUCCCUUCCUUUACUACCCUUACACCGCCCAACCGGCGCCCGUACAGGAAACGGCCGAAGUCGUCGCCGCCCGUGCCACUCACGCUGCUGCUCACGCUUCCGCCAGAGGAUCACGAGUCAUCGCCGCUCAGUCCGUUCCUGUUUGGGGACAACCCGGUGCUGUUUUGGACACUCCCGAAGUUUGGGCCGCUAAAGUCGAACAUUACCGCGCCCAUUCGGCCGCUGCUGCCGCCAAUGGAGUCGUUUCGACCCUUCCACCUCUGCAAGUCGUCGGAUGGGGAGUCCCGCAACCCGUUCAAGAUACACCGGAAGUAGCUGCAGCUCGUGCCGCUCAUUUGGCCAUCCAUGCUGCCGCCCGCGGUAAAAGAUCCAUCCAAGAUGCCCCCGAUGUGGCCGCUGCCAAACUCGAACAUGUCCGCGCUCACGCCGUCGCUGCCGCCGCUAAUGGAGUCGUUUCCAGCCUUCGCCAUUUGGAACCCGUUGCCGUUUGGGGACCACCACAGCCCGUCCAGGACACUCCCGAAGUCGCCGCUGCUCGUGCUGCCCACAUGGCCGCUUUGGCUGCCGCUCGCGGUAAACGCUCCAUCGCUGACACUCCCGAAGUGAUGGCGGCCACCAUCGAGCAUUACCGCGCCUACAACGCCGCAGCCGCCGCUAACGGAAUCAUGGCUUACCUGCCGGCCCGUUAUGCCAACAUGCCGUUCGGUAUGCCCCAACAGGUUCAAGAGACUCCCGAAGUUGCCGCUGCCCGUCGUGCUCACCUUGCCGCCCACGCUGUUGCCGCCGCCCGAGUUGCCAAAGUUGUCGCCGUUCAGCCGCUCCCAACUCCCGUCCCCGUGUGGAGCCAACCGGCCGUCAUCCAGGACACACCCGAAGUUUACGCAGCCAAAUUGGCCUUCUUCCGCGCAUUCAACGAAGCCGCCGUCCGCUCCGGUUGAAUCUUGUUGCCAAACAGCUCCACACAGUCAUCUUCCAAUCCUCCCUCAUUGUUUUCUGUUUUCUAAAAACAUUAAAAGAAAUUGCUGUAAAUUGAACAUUGUAAACCUUUUGCAUAAUAGUGAAACUUUCACUCAAACCAGCCGUCUAAUAAAAUGCAUUAUGA